CCGCAUUUAAAAUUAAAAUAUGCUUUGACACGUAAUUUAACUGUAAAAUCACUAGUUUCCGAUUGUCACUGGCGUCUAUAGAGGUGUGGCAAGGAAACUGUGAACACACACGAGGGAUAUCCUAUAGCUGCUGUGACGCCACCCUUGAAACCUGGCGUUCAAGCUGUGGCUCCUCCAGCCUAAUACGGUGCAUCCCGUUUUCUGGGGAUCCUCUCAUGGCUCCAUACAAGUGAACCCAGAGGGAUUUCACAUGCAGUAAUCCGGACCACAGGGAUGACUGAGCGAAUCCCGGCGGUUCUGUUUCAGUAAGAGACGCAGUCACGCAGCUGUCCUCCUCCAGGGACGACAUGAUGUCUGCAGUAGAGACCGGCUUGUACCAACCCGCUCAGCUGCUCAGCUGGGUGUACAUGUCCUUGCAGGACGCCCCGGGCAGCGCUUUCGACGGCGUUAAGGUCGAGUCGGACUCCUCCACUCGGGACGGGACGGAGCGCAUCGCGGCUGAUCUGAGCUCCAACUAUCUCAGCAACUUCUUCCAUCUGAACACUGAGGCUUUGACUAAAAGUUUCUACAAAGGCUCCUCUCCAUAYGGAUCCUUCAGCAACAUCGUUGACGGUCUGAACUCUCUGGCGGACCACUUCUCAGAUCUCUCCCUGUCCCCCGAGACGCACAAACCCAGCAAAAGGCCGCCGCCCAACUACUUGUGCCACCUAUGCUUCAACAAAGGACACUACAUCAAAGACUGCCCUCAGGUGAGGCGUGUGUGUGAUKCUGCACAUCAGGCAGGAGCAGAUCCGCGAACAACCUAAU